AAAAAGGCCCUCGGCACCGCACAGGGAGCCCGUAGAUCUGCCCCGAGGCCGGGCUGGCAAAUAAUUUGGGGAUGUGGGACCCAGCGGGUGGGCACCAUGCUAAGUGUGAGCCCGAGGCUGUGCCCCUCCAUCUCAAGCCAUGGGUGCUGGCAGCGGGGGCGCACAGGAGCCCAGUUCUGGCUGGGGGGUGGGAGGCUGUCCCCCCUCUGCCUGCCGUGAGUCAUGCUGACCUCUCCCAUGCCCUCACCAGUAGCAGAGAGAGAGAGAUUAUGGUCUGGCCCUUCCGGCCGCAGAGCCCUCCCCGUGCUGGCCGGCACAGGAGCUCAUCCCCUGGGAGGGGCCCAGCUGCUCCCCGUUAUCUGCCUCAGUCAGCCCCUCUGCUGGGACACCCCCUGGCUCUCGUUCUCCUCCUGCUCCGUCCCACGCACGGCAGAGCCCGAGGUGCCCCAGCACCCGGUGUCUGCUCGCCCACCCACUCCCCCGUGAGCCCCCAGCUGCUCGGUUCCUGCCUGCGCUCGGGUCACAGCCUCGCCGACAAAGCAGGGCCAGGAUCUGGCAGCUCCGGGGAGGGGCGGAGAGGCUUCAGGCUGAGGAACAACAGGAUGCUGGCUUCUUGAGCUAGGAGGUGAGCAACUCCAGGGAGAACCGCUGCACGGAGGGACCUUCGGGUGCAUCCUGCUCUCCCACCCACAGGAUGAUGGGCUGAGCAUCUGUGGCAGAGGCACCCCAGGGCCAUGAGCUCCCCGUGUGGCCCUGACUCCGAUAUUGCAGACUGGCUGGCCACCAUCCAUUUGGAGAGGUACCAGGAUGUCUUCAGGCAGCAUGGGUACCACCUUGUCAGAGAUGCCACCUCGCUGGAUGGGGACCACCUGCAGCGGAUCGGCGUCACCGCCACCGGUCACCGCAAAAGGAUCCUGAACUUGGUGCAGCAGACACGGAUGCUCACUCCAUCCCAGAGGGGACCUGAAGCAGGAGACACCCAUCUCCAAGCCCCCGACGUCCUGGAUGCCCCUCAGACAGGCAAGUAUGCCAUGAAAGCAGAGCCAGGAGGUGCUACUGAUGCCUUUGGGACACAGCAGCACGUUGCUGCGCCCGCCCAGGCAUCACCUCUAGAGAAGGACCCUGCUCCUCCCAUCGUGAAGCCGGUUCCCAAGCCAAGGACGGUUUUCCCUCGCUUGAAGCCGGAGCAAGGCUUGGUGCCCACGCCCCUGGCACGCACCACAGUGCCAGUACACAGCCUGGACAGUGACAGGACACCUGCAGCCUUUGUGGUGCUGGAAGGGUUUGUGCCAGGGGAGAGCUCCACAGAUUUGGAGAGCCCGGAGCCCAAGCCAGUGUUGCCGAGUGGUGCAGGAGAGACUGUGGCCAUGGGCAUGGGAACAUCCCGGCGGAGAGCGCGAGAAAAUGCUCGGAAGGAGACAGCCCCCCCACCAGCUCCAGACCGUGGACAAGCCCUGGAGGCACUGGAGCAAUCCUCCCUGUCUGCCCCGUCUGUCCCACCGCGGCUCAGCCACAGGGUCCCUGCAGCCGAUCCCAGCCCUGGGAGCGUGAUGGAGGGUCACCCCGCAUCCAGCCCUCCCCUGCCUGCCCCAGCUGCCCCGGCCAAAAGAGAACCCUCGCCAUGCCCCAGGUCAGCCUCACAGCCGGGCUCAGGGCAGGGCAGGCUGGAGAUGGUGUCCAAUGUCAUCUAUGAAGGACUCAAGCCCCCGUCAGCCCCCACUGAACACUCAGGAGGGGAGGAUGUUCCCCAGGGUCGGGCUCUCGCUCAGCCCCUGGUUCUGGCCCUGCAGGAGCUGACCCAGCCGGACGACAAGCACAACAGUCCCAGCUGGCCUGGUGGGGGCCUGCCCCCCAUCCCACAGAGACCCCUCGGCAAGACAGAGGUCAGUGAGCCGCUCAUCAGCCCCUACAGCGAGACUAUCUUUGGGCAGGUAGCGCCAGCCCAGAAGCAGAAGGGUGUUGGCAUCUCCUCUGAUCAGAACUACGAGGCAGUGCCUGAGCUGGACCUGGAGCAAGAACCACGCAGGAUGAGCAGUGAGUGCAGCAGCGAAGGAAGGAGUGAGGAUGAGGAGACCCGGUCCCGGCUCAUCAACCGCAUAGUCCAGAAUGACACAGAAGGCUACUCCACUGUGGAGGCACCGCAGGCCGAGGGUGCCUCUUUCAGCUUGGCAGCCCAUCUCUACCCAGACGAGGUCCUGGAUGACCUCACCAUCUCCCCUUAUGCCAGCUUCACAUCUCUCUCUGAACCCCGACCCACCAUGCUCAGCGGCUGGCUGGACAAGCUCUCCCCACAAGGGAACUAUGUCUUCCAGAGGCGCUACAUCCGCUUUGAUGGGAAGAACCUGAUGUACUUCAGCAGUGACAAGGAGCCCUACCCCAAGGGGGUGAUCCCGCUCUCUGUGAUCGAGAAGGUUCGCUCCACCAAGGACAACAAGUUCCAGGUCUGCACCAGCCACCGUAUCUUUGUCUUCCGUGCUGAGAAUGAGGCCCAGAGGAAUGAGUGGUGCUCCACGCUGCAGAAGGUGAUGGACCAGCACCGGGGAAGCUCCCGGCCUCGGCCUGCCAACACCUCUCAUUGCCAGAAGUCAGGCACACUGGAGCUGAAGGGCCAGAAGUCCAAGGUGUUCGCAGCUCUGAGCCUGCCUGAGAUGUGGCUGUACAAGAGCGAGCAGUUCUUUAAAAUGGGCAUUGGCAUCUGCGUGAUCGAGAUGCGUGGCUCCACCAUCCGUGAAGCCAAGAACCGCAGUUUCGAGCUCAUCACCCCCUUCAAAAUAUUCAGCUUUGUGGCGGAAUCAGAGCGGGAAAAGCGGGAGUGGAUGGAGGCCCUACAGGAGGCCAUAGCUGAGAUGCUCUAUGACUAUGAGGUGGCAGAGAAGAUCUGGUCCAACAAAGCCAACAAAUUCUGUGCAGACUGCUGGGCUCAGAGUCCUGACUGGGCAUCCAUCAACUUGUGCGUGGUCAUCUGCAAGCAAUGUGCAGGGCAGCACCGCAGCCUGGGCUCCAACAUUUCCAAGGUGCAAAGUCUGAAGCUCGACACCAGUGUCUGGUCCAACGAAAUUGUGCAGCUCUUCAUCAUGCUCGGAAAUGACCGAGCAAAUCGGUUUUGGGCAGCUCACCUCCCUGCUGCUGAGGCCCUCUGCCCGGAUGCCAGUGCCGAGCAGAGACGGGACUUCAUCUCUCGCAAGUACCGAGAGGGACGGUACCGCCUGCCCCAUCCCCACUACGCCACUCAGGAGGAUGUGCUCCAGGCACUGUGCACUGCAGUGGCAGGACCAGCCCUGCUGAAGACUGUCCUGCAGUUCUUCUCAUCCACAGAGGCUGGGCUGGCAGCUGACCCUACCCCUCGCGAGGUGGCUCCUGGGGCCGACCUUUGGUGGGGACCAGAGAGCAAAAGGCCCAGGAACCACUCAGGGAACCCGCAUAUACAGGAAGCAGGUCCAGAGGGUGUCUACAACGAGAUCACACAGCCAGUGAUGCACACUGGGUACCUGUACCGGGCCAUGGCCCCCCACAAACUCCCUGGUGUCAAGAAGAGCAAAGAGGACUUCCAGCGCACCUGGUGCUCCCUGGAGAGAGCCCUGCUGUUCUUCGAGACAGAGAAAUGCACUGAGCCCUUGGGCCACAUCGAGAGUGGGGACCUCAUCUCCCUGGGUGUGAGCAGAACCCAGGGGCUCACCAGCCCUGGCCCCACGGAAAGGUUUCGCUUCACCCUCGAGCUCUUCCUCACUGGGGAAAAAGUGCAACAGCUGGGAACCGAUGGGCCCGAGACCCUGCAAGCCUGGGCCAGCGCCAUUGGCAAGUGGUUCACACCCGUGAGCUGUCACUGCCUGCUGGGCUACGAGUUCCAGCGUGUGGGCCAGCUGCGAUACAAGUGCAUGCUCAACCCUGAGCGGUGGCAGCAGGCCUUCUUCAUCCUGCAGAAAGCCCACCUCUUCAUCUGCCCCGCCGAGGAUGACGGGGCUGAGGACAGCAUCAACCUCCGGCGGCUGCAGGAGCUCAGCCUGGUUCCCCCCACGGACACCCCAGAGAAGAAAGAGCUGCUGAUCCUGGUGGAGAUGGGAAGGACAUUUUACCUGCAGGGCUUGACACGGGCAGACUCGGCUGCAUGGUACGCCGACAUCCAGGCGUCAGCAGGGGGCCGGGGUAAUGCGCUGCGGGACCAGCAGCUGAGCCGGGGGGACAUCCCCAUCAUCGUGGACAGCUGCAUCGCUUUCAUCACCCAGUAUGGAUUGCGGCAUGAGGGAAUUUACCGCAAGAACGGGGCAAAAUCCCGAAUCAAGGUACUGAUGGAGGAGUUUCGGCGGGAUGCCCGCAAUGUCAAGCUGCGCAUCAAUGACAACUUCAUCGAGGAUGUCACUGACGUGCUGAAGAGGUUCUUCCGUGAGCUCGAGGACCCCGUCUUCACCCUGGAGCUGCACCCACAGUGGAAGGAAGCUGCAGAAAUCUCCUCGAAGCCCCAGCGCCUGGAGCGGUACAAGGAGCUCAUUCAUCGCCUGCCUCGCCUCAACCACAAGACCCUGGCUGCACUGAUCGGGCACCUCUACCGGGUGCAGAAAUGUGCAGACCUCAACCAGAUGAGCACCAAGAACCUGUCACUGCUCUUUGCACCCAGCCUUUUCCAGACCGAUGGCAAAGGGGAGCACGAGGUCAAGGUGAUGGAAGACCUCAUUGACAACUACGUCAGCAUCUUCAACAUUGAUGAGGACCAGGUAUCCCAGAUGGAUCUGGAGAACAGUCUGAUCACCACCUGGAAGGACACCCAGCUCUCACAGGCAGGGGACCUCAUCAUUGAGGUUUACCUGGAGCAGAAGUUGCCCGACUGCUGUGUCACCCUGAAGGUGUCCCCCACGAUGACAGCAGAGGAGCUCACCAACCAGGUGCUGGAGAUGCGCAAUGUGGCAGCCAGCCUGGACAUCUGGCUGACCUUUGAGGCCCUCGAGAAUGGGGAGCUGGAGCGGCCCCUGCACCCCAAGGAGAAGGUGCUGGAGCAAGCUUUGCAGUGGUGCAAGCUCCCAGAGCCCAGUGCCGCAUACCUGCUGGUGAGGAAGGUCCCCAUUGGUGAGGGCAGCUGUCUCUUCACAGGUGUCAAGCGUGAGACCCCCAAGUGUGGGCUGCUGAAAUGUCGUGAGGAGACCCCCAAGCUGCUGGGGAACAAGUUUCAGGAGCGCUACUUCGUCAUCCGGGACCGGAGGCUGCUGCUGCUGAAGGAGAAGCGGAGCGCCAAGCCUGAACGCGAGUGGCCCCUGGAUGCAGCCAAGGUUUACAUGGGCAUUAGGAAGAAGCUGAAGCCACCAGCCCAGUGGGGUUUCACGCUGACCCUGGACAAGCAGCAACUGUACCUGGUGUGCUCGGGGCAGGCUGAGCUGUGGGACUGGACUACCAGCAUCCUCAAGGCUCAGCACGAUGACCUGCGCCCCGUGAUCAUGCGUCGGCGCUCCUCCUCUGACCUUGCCAAGCAGAAGUUCGGCACCAUGCCACUGGUGCCCCUGCACGGCGACAGCACCGAUGCCACCAUGCUCUCUGCCAACCAGACCCUGCGCCGACUGCACACGCGAAGGACUUUGUCCAUGUUCUUCCCCAUGAAGAUGCACCAGGACUCCCUGGAGGAGCAGCAGGAGAAGGAGGUGGACACUGAUCCUGUCUAUGAGGAGGUUGGCAACUUCCCCGAGCUGGCCGCGCUGGAGCUUGGGCAGGGGUUGCUGGCAGAUCUGUCGGCUGUGCCCCCUGUGGACAGGUCCAAGAAGCCGGCCACGUUCCCCGAGCAGCCCCCGGCCACGGCGCUGCGCUCCUCGCUGCCUGCCAGCCCAGCCCAGAGGGUAGCAGGUCCCUCUGUCACCAAGGCCGUGUCCCUCGAAAGGGGCUUGAACCUAGAGAGCGACAAAACUCCAGCCCAGGGGCUCAAACCCACCAAAACGGCUUCUCUGGAGAGAAACAUGGAGCCUUCCCUGGUGCUGGCCAGGGACUGGGACCAGGGGGCUGCACCAGGGAGCAGUCCCACCACAGAGACCUCCCUGGAGAUCCCCAAGAAGAGGAACAUGCAGCCUUCCUCACCCAUCAACAACAAACUUAUCCAGGAGCUCAGCAGCGUCAUCCUCAGGAAGAACGAGAGCCAGCCACCAGAGCAGGACCAGCCGGUGACUUGACCUGGGUGCCGAAGGGACAGCCACUGAUGUGGGGGUGAAGUCAUUCUCAGCAGCAGCAACGAUGGGUACCCCAUGUUCCCACACCAUGGAGCCCACACCCUCCUCCUCCUCCUGAACCCAGAGCCAGGAUUGGAACGGGGACCGGUGGGAACCAGGGUACUAGUGGGGACGAGGAUGCUGAGCUGCAGUACCCCCUCUUGGGAGGGUUACGGGUGCUGCCACACAUACUCUUGCUCACGGGUGGCAUGUCUGCCAUCAGGCCCAGCACUGAGGGAAGCAACUAAAUGGGAAAAUAAAAGCAGGAACCUCGUGCCUGCACAUUUUGGAAGCACAGCAUAGUGCCCGGCAGGGGGAAGGCAGCACGAUGUCCCCUCCCCAGUGCUGAGCCUGUGGGGCAGGGUCAGGACACCCAAGUCAUCCCCCACUUCCCUUCUUGCAUCUACCAUGGUAUAUUUGGGAGGGGGGCAACAGGAGCAGGGUUGGCCGUGUGUGCCAUGUGCGUAGUCCUGGCGAUGGAGGACAGUCCUGCUCAGCUGGGGUAUUUAUACCUGUUCCUUCCACCAGCAGGAAGAAAUAAAGGUUUGUUUGUACUCUG